GUUCAUCUCACGCCUCGGUCGCUUUGUCGUGUCCAGUUGUUGUCAAUAAUGGAAUGUGUGUGGAUGUGUUAUUAGUUAUCUUGAAGAAUCUUACUAGUGCAGCCUGUGAGAUAACGAUUGUUUGGAACUUAGUUAUGGUGCCGUGCGUGGAGUGGAGUGUAGUGUCUCGUCUGCUUAGAUGAGCUCGUGCUUGUCAUUAUUGGGAAGAUCUCUCCCAAACACCUGAAGAUGAAUUUCACUGGAUUCGGCUUCAACUACGACGCGCCGCUGGUGCCCGGCGCACUGUCUCCGUCGAUGCCGUUCUACGCCCUGCACGACGGCUGCGUGGUCCCGACGCUGUCCGGUGACCUGACCUGUGACCCCGGCCUCGACCCGUACGGUGUGGCUCAGUACGUGCCGCCCUCGGCACGACCCGCCGAGGGGGUCGCCGACACGGGGCAGCAGCCGGCACCGCCACCGCCGCCGCCGCCGCCGCCUCAGCCGCGUCCGAGCGCCGCGCCGAAAAUUCGUCGGCCGCCCAACGCCUUUAUGGUGUUUGCCAACGAACGCAGGAAGCUACUGGCGAGGGCGUUCCCGAACGAGACCAACCAGUCGAUCUCAGUUAGGCUGGGUUCGAUGUGGAAGGCCAUGCCGGCAGACAGGAAGACGGUCUACUACCAGGUGGCCAAGGAGGCGGCGGCCGAGCACAAGCGGCUCUACCCCUCGUACGUCUACAGCCCCAAGGAGGCCCGAAUGCGGAAACAGGCCCGCGAGCUGGUGAGGAAGGAGAAGGCGGCCAAGCCCGCCACUGACGGCACCGGUGCCGAGCUCGCCGGUAUGGGCUGUGAGGGCGACCCGCCGAGCACAGAGACCAGGGCCAAGCUGAUGGAGGUGGCUCAGCUACUCGACUCGCUGUCCUCGGACCGGCUCCUGCACCAGCCCCGCCGGAGGUCGCCGUACGCCGCCGAACCGGGCGGAACUCUCAGCGCUGAGGCGGACUCCAGCACCGGGGCCGGAGGCGCCCCUGCCGACCGGCCGGUCCCCCAGACCGGUGUGAAGACCGAGACCCCGCCGUCUGUCGACCCCAGCGGCGGGCACCGCUCUGCCUACCCGCCGGCCGGCCAGGGCGUAUCGGAGGGGGUGGCGCGCGGCGCGCUGCACCACCCAGUGAGCAGCGCUCACGGCAGGGAGACGCAGUGGACGGUGGUGCCGCCGCGCCCCAGCAGCGGCGCCGGCGCGUUUGUACCGGUCGGCCGCGGCCCAGACGGUCAGCUGGUGUACCAGAGCCUGGCGGCGGGCUACGGGCCGGCGCCGGCCGCCGACGCAGCGUCGUGCUACUUGUCUGGCCGAGCGGAGCUGGCCGACGGCGGCUGUCACCAGCUCGGGGUGGCUGGGAGGCCGGCCGACCACCCCUGGGCCGCCGUUCACCCCGCGGCGUCGGCGGCGCGACCUGGGCCGGUCCACCAUCACCUGCACGGCGCCGGUCUGCUGCGUCACACGCCGGACGCACCGUGCCAGCCCCAGCUGGUGCCUCUGACGUCCUCCGGCUGGCCGCUGCGACUCCGGACUCCGGCAGGUGCUGGCUCAGCGGUCGCCAUGGGUGUGCCCCGCGGGCGGCUGGCGUGUGCCGGCUCCGACCCGGCUCGGCCACACGAGUUCUGUCUGCAUCUCCUGGCGGGCGGCUCGUGCGGCCACUGUCGGCCGACGGGCUGCUGCGGCACUCUGCCCGCCGCCUGUCAGUGCCAGUGUCCUGCCGUGCUCAGCUCGCCACAGGGCCACCCCCAGCAGCGGCAGCAGCCGUCCCAACUGACUCCUACGGUCCUGGGACCCGGCGGCGGCCCCCAGCCGGAGCGACCGCGUCGCCCGACGCCUAUUCGGCUGAGGAUCCCCGACCCGCGCUACAGGCAGGGACUGCGGGCCGCGCCCGCCGUCGACCUCAGGUCGUGCUGGCGGACGGUGGCGGAGGCGCAGUGCUCCGCCGCUCCCCCGGCGGCCUACCUGCGCCCCGCGAGUCCAAGUAUCGAGGAGCUGGUCAGCCACCACACCCCAGAGCCGCUAGGCAUGUGAAGGAUGAUACCGGGCUGCGCCAGACCGCCGCAUGUGAGCCUGUGCCAUUCGGGUACAGUCCGCUCGGCAUGUGAGGGACAACACCGGUGCCAGCGGGCUGCAUCGGACCGUCGCCUGUGAGCCAGUGCCACUCGGGUACAGUCCGCUCGGCAUGUGAGAGACACCAGGCUACACCGGGUCGGCAACGGGGGACCGGGCGCGGCUGGAAGACUCGGGUACAGUCCGCUCGACAUGUGAGAGAUCUUCCAGCAGGUCAGACCAUGCGGGCUACUCCACUCGCCACUCGGGCUACACCGGACCGGCGACUGGGGGCCGGGUGCAGUUGCACCGGGGCGACUCGGGUACUCGGGUGUUGUGGGAGAGCUGAGCCGACCAGGCACGCCCUGGCACUGGCGCGGCGGAGUCUGAGGGAUUAUGGGCAGAAUGGUCUGUAUUGGUACAUGCCUGUUCGUUGGAUCCACGUAAUCCACGAUUCACGGAUCCACGUAACGUUAAUUGGGUACGUAUACCACCAGCAUCAUCUCCCAGUGUACAAAUGUUGUCAGUAGAUGUCUGCAUUGCAUGUUUCGAUUUAGUUUGUUUCUUUUCGUUCGUUUCGUGCCCAGCGCACCGACGUCGCAUGUGAUUCGGCCGUGAUGCUGACACGCGGUUUUAGGGAUGCAUGAACAUGAAGGUCGUCUUUAAUCUUCAAUGAACCGAUCGAUGUCAAGACUUUCCCGGCUGUGCUAAUGUCGUCGGCUGUGUUUUGGCUGUGAUCAACGUGCAUGCUUGUCCUCCAGAUACCGGCGAAUGUGAUUCGAACGAUCUGACGGUGCCAAUGUGUAUCUGUUUUGUUCUUGUUCGUGUCAUGCUGCAUGCUGCGAUAAGGUGCAUGUUUGAUUUCCUUAUUGCGUUCAAUACACAUUGUCAGUACUAA